GGACGAAAAAGCUCAAAUAAACUGCAAAUAAGUCAGCAAAGCUCAUUUUUCCUAGUCUUUCUAUUUGCGGCGUUAGUGGUGUUGGUUGCUGUUCGUGGUUCGUCGUGCACGAGCAGCAGAAAGUGGAAAAUUAUCAUAAAUCUCAUCCAGAGUUCUGUUUUGAUUCCGAUACAGCGCGAUUUUAACCACUGAACUGCGAAAAAUUGUGCAACGGUGCUGUGUGGCAAUUCAAAUUCAUUCUGCGGCAAACUACUGUACUGCGGCUGUGUGUGUAUUCAUACCCGACAUGUGUGCACAUACAUAUGUCUGCAUGUACAUUCGAAAUUGAAAUUAUGCAAAAUGUGCAUCAUACUGCGAACGCCAGUUAAGGAGCAGUGCUUCAAUGGCGACUUCGAUGAAAAUGUAACUGUUACGUACUGUGUGCUCGAAUUCCCCCGUACUUAUCCUGUGCCUAAACCGUCGAGCGAAACGCAAGCUUAUAGCGCAUCUGGCACAUAACACGGUUUACAAAAUAAUUUUUCCGAACCUAAGAAAUUGUUCAUUUAAUCGAAUAAAUAUAUUUGAUGAGGAUGCUUCUGGAAGUGAUUUAUAUAUAUAUUCUUCCUAAAUGGACGGUUAUUAAAUAGGAUAUGCAAGAGGAAAGUGGAAGCAUUCCACUGUUAAGUAGUUCCUUCACAUAUAAGCCUACAGUAGCUUCAUUAGUCUUACGAAUAGCUGUAAUACAAGCAGCUAGAUCAUUUGCAACCUCAAAAUAUACCAUAAAGGUUCUGCAAACUUUCAACUUUGUUUUGUCUGAGCAAGCAAUAGUUCAGAAGGCAGUAAAACCUAUUUGCACAGUAAUGGCAUCAGAGGUGGAUGUAAGUUCGGGACCUGAGGACGGGACCGUACUGACAUUGAUGCCAUUAACACCAUACCUAAUUAAUUUAGAAAAUGGCAACAAUGAAUCAGGCAAGUAUGUCUCUGGCCUGCCGAAUAAUCGCAAACGACUAAAGCUGUCCAUUCUUGAACACAACAGCAUUAAAAACAAUGAUGUGGACAAUCCAAAAGACGAGUCCGAUAUGGAUCAGAAAACAAAAAUGUCAGACAUCAAGUCAAAUGAAUAUCCCGAAAUGGAGAAGCAUUUGAAAGGCAACAGUAAGAGUGUCAUUGAAGGGACAAUGUCUAUAGGCAAUUCAAAAAGAAAAAGUCCUGAAAAAAUAGUGCCAUUCGAUAACGACUGCUAUAUGCCACCAGAGCAGGCACUGGUUACUAGUGUGGAAUUAGUCGUUCCAGCACCUCAGACCUCUUCGUCGAGCCCACCGGGCAGGCAAUCUGAAGAGCCCAGGCUUGGCACUCUAGGCGAAUCCUCGACUAGAUCGUCUUCAACUAUUGAUAACAAAUUGCAAUACAGUACGGCUGGUCUGUAUAACUCUACUAGUUCCACAAGUAUAUUAGCAAAUGAUAAAAUUGUUGGUUGUGCAAAUGACUCUUCCAAUUUGAACUUAAGAAUUCCUACUAAGUUAGUAGUAACGAGAGCAACAGGUGAUAUUUUGCUGGAUGAUCGAAGGGCGUCUUUAUGGACGCCUCACCAUGACCAGUCCGGCCAAGGGCAACAACACACAGGAACAGAAUCGAGCGACACUAAGCAAGAGCCUAUGAAUGUAAGCUCGGAGCUGUCAUACCACCAUCAGCAUCAGAGUCGUCACUCCGAACUUUUGCUUCAAAUCGAGAAAGAAAGCCCUAGUUCAUUUUUACAAGCUAUUCCAAUUCCAUUGCAGGAUCACCAUAAUAUUGCUCCUUCGGGCCAAUUUGGCCAAUCAGAAGCGACUUCUAAUAUGGACAGUCAGUUGCACAAUAAUUUUUAUGCCCAAAUGAUGCAACCGCAGCACCUUCUUCAAAAUCAGCAUCAACAAAUCAUACAUGAACACAGUCCUCGCCAUCAGCAGCCUGCAAGUUAUGCUGGUUAUGUAGCUCAUUAUCAAAAUUCUCCAAUGUUUGGUGCCCAUCAAACUGAGCAUCACCAACGUCAUAACCAACAGCAGCCACCUCACCAGCACCUAAUGGAUCGCCACGGGCAUUUACACCAAUCUACUCCUAUUUCCCAACAACAUCAUUUGUCACAGCAAAUCCAUCAGCACCCACAUCAACAGACACAGCAACGAUUGCCAUUGCGCGAAAACUAUCAUGAUCUUAUUAUGGAUGAUUUUCAUGAGGAACCCAACCAUGCCUUUAAAUUAACCCUUUCUCCAACCAACACAAAACCUGAGAAUCAAGAUGAUGGUUAUGAGACAAGUGCUGGCGACGUUUUAACACCAAAUUCUCAUAGUUCGUCCACACACUCCGUUACUCCUCAGCAUCAAAUGCAACAUCCGAAUAUCGUGCUAAUGCCGCAAAACCAGAUGAAGCCUGAUGAUUUACAAUUGACAAAAGUUCCACACUGCGGUGAAUCUCACACUGACCCAAAUGCUUGCUCAUCGAACGGUAGCCAAGGACAUGUUCUUGCCUCCCAGUCUCAUCUAGAACUGAGUGGGGGCACUCGAUGCUCAAGUCAUGCAUCUGUUGUCGAUCCCUACAGUUUUAUGGGUGAGGAGUUGAACAUGCAUUCACCAUCACAUCGCCAUUUGGAGCCUGUCCCAACCGGGCCGGGGCGAUAUGGGAUUUUAGUAUCAAAUGAAACUCCCGAAUGUCUAAGCGGAGAAAUAUAUCGACACAGUCAACAAAGUACAGCUAUUUUGGAUCAAACUGAUAGCUCUCAGCGCGCCAUAAAUUCCAAUUCCAAGCCAAUGCCGAAAAAAAGAGGGCGCAAAAAAAAGCUAGUUGCUGAUAGUACUGAUACCACACAAAUGACAAUUCCAGCCGAGCAACAAAAGUUAUCUGAUGGCAGAGCAGGCUGCGAAGAUGGCUCUGGGGAUCAAGCCGUAAAACCCAAGGAACGCAAAAAACAUGACAGAUUUAAUGGAAUGUCUGAAGAAGAAGUGAUUAAACGGACAAUUCCAGAUCAUCUAUGUGAUAACCUUGAUAUAGUUAUAGUCGGAAUAAAUCCUGGGUUAUUUGCAGCGUACAAGGGACACCACUACGCAGGUCCAGGCAAUCACUUUUGGAAGUGUCUGUACUUAGCGGGACUUACUCAGGAGCAGAUGAGUGCUGAUGAAGAUCACCUGCUGAUAAAACAAGGAAUAGGAUUCACCAAUAUGGUGGCUCGAGCCACGAAAGGAUCUGCUGACCUUACAAGGAAGGAGAUAAAAGAGGGAAGCCGAAUUUUGCUGGAGAAACUUCAAAGGUUUCGACCAAAAGUAGCCGUAUUUAAUGGCAAACUAAUAUUUGAAGUUUUUUCGGGAAAAAAGGAAUUUCACUUUGGUCGCCAACCUGAUCGCGUCGAUGGCACUGAUACAUUCAUUUGGGUGAUGCCAUCAUCAUCAGCACGAUGCGCCCAGUUGCCGCGCGCCGCUGACAAAGUACCGUUUUAUGCGGCUUUGAAAAAGUUUCGUGACUUUCUGAACGGACAGAUACCCCAUAUCGAUGAAUCAGAGUGCGUGUUUACGGAUCAAAGGAUCCGUCAAUGUACCGAACAGCAACAGGGCGAAAUCAGUGGUAAAAUCAAGCAAACACUUCAGACUUCUCUUGGCGAUCAUCUAUCCAGUUUAACAUUAGUAAGUAACUGCAGUGGUUCAAUCGCAGGGGAUACGAAGUGUGGGAUUGUCGCCGAGGAGUCAGAUCAGGUUCAAUCUGAAAAAAUGAUGUCUCAAAUGCCUCCCACUGUGUCAUCUUCAAGUAAUGCAACUGAUGGGGAAUCGUUUUCCUAUACGGGAGAAAAAAGACCAUUACAGCCAGUGUCUAAUCUCAAUCCUUCAAUUAAUGAAAACAAUUACUUAUCCGUGUUCGGUUCUCAGCAGCCAUUGCCGCAGCAACCACUGGAGAAGAAAAAAAGGGGCCGUCCAAAAAAGAUAAAGGGACAAGAUGUUAUUGAUCAUUCCGUGGGUGGAAAAGUUGCUAUGGCCGGACAGCAUAUACCCCAUCCCGAAUUUAAUAAUAUUCUAAACCUUUCGGUGAUAUCUGCCAGUGGCAGCAUUGAAACACCAAAAAAGAAGAGAGGUAGGCCAAAGAAACUUAAACCCGCAAUAGACAACAUGUUGACAGUUAAACAACUGCAACACGGUAACACCAAUAUAAACACGACAGCAGGAUUGUCGGCAAGUGCAAUGCAUCCGCUCUCCAUGGAGCAUAUAGCAGCGUCUCCGCAGAGCAGUCAUCAAAUGCCGCCUAGUUUGUACAAUACCCCCCCACCGUCGCACCUAUUGUACACAGCAUCGGCAUCACCAAUGGCCUCUCCUGCCCUUAACUGCAAUUACACUCAAGUGCAUGGACAUGGAACUCCACCGGUAGGGCAAGUGGCUCAGGGUACGUCGCCCGUUAUCGAUACGCAAAACGACCAUCAUCCUCCACAGAAGCAAUCCCAGCAUGGAAACCUGGACGGUGGACUAGAUAUGCCUGUGCAUCCGCACUUGGGUGAAACUCCUCCUCCGAGUUCGCCAAAUAUGUGUUCAGCUGUCGAUUUCGAUGCACCAGACGAACACUCAGACACCCAAGUGGGCUCACGGGAGCAUAAUAAAGCCGUUGAUUUGGAUCAUCAGCACCCUGAAAUAAUGGAAAAGGUCCAGUAUGAUAGCCCCACACCUGAUACCGAGGCGAACACAGCUCAUCCUCACGAACAUUAUCAGCACUGGCUUUCGCCGCAUCCACACCAAAGUAAUCAACCAGCACAAAAACUGACACACCGGCAACAUCAUCCCCCUAUGCAGCAUUUCCAUCAGGAGCAGGCGGAGAACUGGCAGCGUUACGAAGAACAGAAUUCAAAUCCUUAUAUGGUGAUCUCCGCUCACCACCAGGAAUUGAGUCCACGACUGGGAAAUCAAACCCAUCAUAAUUCCUCUCCAUCAGGACACAUCGGUUCAGAUGUCGCUCAUAAAAGCUUAUGUGGACUCGAAUCGCUGGUUGAUCAAAUACCAGCAAUAAGAGAGCAGGAUUGCAGCAAUAUACCAUCAGCGACAGUAGCGGCAGCAGCGGCUGCUGUUGAAAGCCGUCUCUUGAGCUUGCAGCACCACCAGCAUCCACAUCAGCAGCAUCAGCUUGAACCACAUCAGCCACAACAUCAACAAAAUCAACAGCAGCAACUAAAGCAAUGCAAUCAAGAGCACUCCGCACAGGGAGAAUCUUGUAGAGCUACAAGAGAGAAUAGCAAUGUAAGCAAUAACAAUUUCUCGGUAAAAAGUCUAGCCGCUUCUGCUUCGUCUGCAAGAACUGACAACGCAGCUUUAUAUGGUAACGGAGAAACAAAGGGAAACAAUGAAAGUAGCCAUAAUACCAAUAAUUUUGGCAACAAUAUUGACUAUCCCAUUCAUAAUCAAUCGGGUUAUCAUCAUCAUGCACCUCAACUGAUUGGUAGCGGCCUAGGCACGAAUGUGAAUAAUUCUGAGCCUAGUCUUCAUACGAUUUCCCAUCCUCAUCCACCUCACUCACAUCCGCAUCCGAUGUAUGUGGACCAAGCGCACCACAUGGCACAUAUCUCUUCCGUUAAUGUAAAUUCGAUGUACGGCCCUGCGUAUGGAUCCCACCCACAGCAUAAUACAGGAGAAUAUUCAGGAACACACGGUCACUACAGUCUGGGCAGUAGCGUUCAGACUACUGGGCCAACUAGCACUGCAACUUUACAUGUUCCGAGUCCAAAUUAUCCCUUUGGACACCACCCAUAUGGUCAUACGCCACACCAAGCAAACUACCCAAGCUACACUCAUCCUCAUACUCACCCACAUAGUCAUCCCUCACACCAUUUGACUGUGUUUGAUCACUUAAAACCGUCCGACAUAAGUGGAUACGGCGGUUUUUAAUUCAAAGAAGAGGAGGAGAAAUCACUGCAACUGAUUUAAUCGCAACGACCCGAAUACAGCGACUUGAUGUGAAUGUAAAUCUUUUACGAUUUUGCGUCCCGCCGCAUCUCAGCAAUAUUUAUCAAUCUCCGGCUUUGCCGAUUUUACUUUAAGGAUUUUUAGAUCUUAUAUAUAAUAAGAUAACCAAAGACUCCGCCUAAUCUAAUUAUUUUAGCUUUACUUUCUAAAAUUACAAAAUACUUCAUAUGAUAAUGGUUACUUAAAUUAUAUACGUAACUUACAGGAAAAUACGAUCCCGAAACAAUUGUUUGUACUUAAUAUAAAUCAUUUAAGCAUACAUUAUUUUUCUCACACAAAUAUUGCGAAACUUAUUAGUAUUUAAUAAAGUUUUAAAACCA